UCUCUCCAGCCAGGCUCGGUAUAUAACACCCACCCAGAAAGUACGGAGCCUCAGACACUUUGCAGGCAGCUGAUCCAUACUCCAAGGGAAACCGAGGCAUCAGGACUGGGACAGCCAUGGCUCUGAAGGAACCCCGCCCAGCAUUGCUGCUGCUGCUGGUUUUGCUGCCCGCCUGGCUGGCUCUGGGCCGGAGGGAGACGCGCCACGAGAAAUUCCACCGGCAGCACGUGGACUUCCCGAAGACCAGCGCCCCGGACGCCCGGCGCUACUGCAACCUCCUGAUGCCGCGGAGGAACCUGACAGCUGAUGCCUGCAAACCCACCAACACCUUCAUCCACGCGGGGCCAGCCGAGGUGGACGGCGUCUGUAGCUCAGGGGGCACCCCCAGCACCGAGAAUUACUACGACAGCAACGCGCCCUUUGAGAUCACCACCUGCCGGGUGGCAGGGGGCGCUCAGAGACCCCCCUGCAACUACCGCGGGAGAACCAGCACCCAGCGGAUCCGCGUGGCAUGCGUGGGAGGGCUGCCCGUGCACUAUAAAACACAGCUCUAGGGGCAAGGAGGCGAGAGGGGGGAGGGACAGUGAGGUUGGCAAUUUCAUCUGAGUUUAAAGAAAUUAGGACCCAAUGGGGCCAGGUCCCUCGCUGGUGCGACUGGGAGUUCAGCAGCUUAAAUCCCUUAGAUCCCUACCCCACCCGCACCCUCUUCUGCCCCACUGCCCACUCGACACUAUAGCCGCCCCUUCCCCACCCCCACGCUCUGCUGCCCCCUAGUGCUCAUUAUACAGUAUAGCCGCCCCUUCCCCACCCCCACGCUCUGCUGCCCCCUAGUGCUCAUUAUACAGUAUAGCCCCCCUUCCCCACCCCAACGCUCUGCUGCCCCCUAGUGCUCAUUAUACAGUAUAGCCGCCCCUUCCCCACCCCAACGCUCUGCUGCCCCCUAGUGCUCAUUAUACAGUAUAGCCGCCCCUUCCCCACCCCCACACUCUGCUGCCCCCUAGUGCUCAUUAUACAGUAUAGCCGCCCCUUCCCCACCCCCACACUCUGCUGCCCCCUAGUGCUCAUUAUACAGUAUAGCCGCCCCUUCCCCACCCCCACACUCUGCUCCCCCUAGUGCUCAUUAUACAGUAUAGCCCCCCUUCCCCACCCCCACACUCUGCUGCCCCCUAGUGCUCAUUAUACAGUAUAGCCGCCCCUUCCCCACCCCCACACUCUGC